GAGAAACAGUUACAGUGAAGAGUGGUGAUGAUCAUCGACGAAUAUUAUCAAUAGCUCAAGACAUUUUGUUCUGUACGAGACGGGGUCGUGUUAAGCCUCCAAAGCACGUUGCAUACCGAUGGCAAUAUAUCAUCUCACUCGCAGCACACAAUUGGUAUCACUGUUGAAUGGGUUUGGUCAUGGAGUUUCAGCAAGUCAGCUCUUGGAAAUCGAUACUGCAUUGGCUCGACAUGAAAUUAGACAGAAGUGGAGAGGUGGUCUUGCCAUCUAAUAUUGACAAGAAUGUGAGUGCUGUGUUUUGCUUUGACAAUUUUGAUCUUUGUGAGGAGACUCGUACAGGUGCUAACACCACCCAUUGCACUAAUGGCAUCGUAAUUCAACGCUUGCUAGCAGCACCUUCACAGUCAGUUUUUCAAGUUGGUGAUUAUGAACGGCAAACAUGCGGCCACAAGCGAUCUGUCACUGCGCCCGUAGCCAGUGAAACGCAACCUUACUUUGCAAGUUCUCCCUUUGGUCCACCUCGAUUGACAGCCGAUAUGACUUUAUUGCAACAUGCAGAAAUUGCAGAUUGUGUUAAAACAGCGUCUGCUCUAGAUUUUAUGUGGUUGGCACUGCGGUUGCCAUCUGAUGUAUCGCCUCUCUUUGGUACGGGUGAAUGCUUGCGCGUUCCAAGUUGGACUCCAUUCAACAGUAUUUACCAUCGAGAACAUCCUUGUCAGCAAAGUGUUAUUGGGUUCUGUCCAGUUAUCAACGCUCCACCCACAGACAUUGCAACAGUCCACAAUCAAGACGUUGUUGUCGUUUUCGAUCAAGCUGUUUAUGCCAAGGCUCAGGAAAUUUUAUGGAAAAGAGUGCCCACACUGUCCAACGUUGUUGCUCGUAUGGGAGGAUUCCACACAUCAAUGACAUUUUUAGCUAUUCUUGGCAAGCGUUUUGGAGAUGCUGGGCUUAGGGAUAUUUUAUUUGAAACAGGAAUUGUAAGUUCGGGAUCAGUAGACGGUGUCCUUAAUGGCAAGCACUGUAACCGGGCUAUUCGGGCACACAAGACAGUUGCUGAAGCGUUGUUUUGUGUUCACUGGUUACAGUUUGAGGAACAUAUAAAGAACACUCAACUUGAUCUGCUAGUUUUCAAGGAGCUAAUGAAUGAGGUUCGUACGCAAUUAUCACCGACAUCAAUUGCUUCCGUUCUUUCUAAUGACAAAUUUAAGGCAAUCAAGUCGUGUUACCGUCAAUUUUGUUCCAUAAGUGUAUCCCCAACAGCUUCACUCUGGAUGUCAUACAUAGACAUGGUAUUCCUACUGCUAAGAUUUGUUCGUGCAACACGUGAAGCUCAAUGGGAUUUGCAUCUGCAGUGUAUUCAUGAAAUCUUGCCGUGGACUUAUGCAUAUGAUUGUGUCAACUAUGCUCGUUAUUUGUCAGUUUACUAUUAUGAGAUGAGCUGUUUGCCAGUAACUCAUCCAGAUGCAUAUAACCGGAUGCAACGUGGGGAGUUUGCAGUACAAAGGUCGGACCGUUCCUUUUCACAAGUUGCUGUUGAUCAUGCUAUAGAGCAGAGCAUAAACCGAGACAUGAAGACUAGUGGAGGUGUUAUCGGCAUUAGUCAGCAAACUGGGGCUGUGCAUCGGUGGAUUCUAAAUGCCCAUCAUCGAUCAGCAUUUACACGCCAGUGUAGACAACUAGCUGCUUGUUCUUCCAAAGAAACUGAUGAUGCACGUGAUGCAAAUUUGGCAAGUCAACAACUGUCAGCAGAAUCACGUAAAGACGAAAACGAUGUGAAGACUGUGAAUGCGUUUCUUGACUGCUUAGGAGUUAAUCUGUUUGCUGAUAACUCAGAUGAUUUCGUCGGUUUUUGCUCUGGAGUAACCGCUCCCUGUGAAGUAAAAGAUGAUCUCUUAUUGACUUGCAGCAAGGGCGAGGCAAAAAUGACCCAGUUCUUUCAACAACGUUUGCUUAGCGAUGACGUAGACUUUUUGGCGUCUUAGAGAAACUAAAGUUGAAAACGUUUACGACUGUGCUGCAUCCACCAAAAGCAAAAAGCAUUCGUUCAGUGGUACCUCGGUCCGACAGAUCAUUGUUUUCACGACUGAUAGUUGUAAGCCAAACAAGAUCAUUAAAGCUUGAAGAGGUGUUCUGCUUUGAACUUAGCGCUCUUCCAUGGUCACUAGCUACUGUUGAUGGAGGGCUUCAAAAGACAGCCAAGUCCAAGAUGAUACCUUUACUGGAAAAAUACGUCACUCCUGUACAAUUUCCAUUAAAUGCUACAGUGAUAUUUGACGGAAUGGCUCUUAACUACAAGCUACCACUCCUUCCGGAGCAACUUACGCUCAUCUU